UCCGCUGGCGGUCCUUCACGUUAGGAUCUCUUAAAGUGCACAAGACACGUCCAGACGGUGUUGGAAACGUGAGCACGUCAUGAUGUUUUCUUGGUUUGACCGUUGCUACAUUCGUCUUUAAAAGUAGCAAACCAAAACCUUAGGAAAACAGCAUCUGGAGAACGCUGUCGUGGCAUCUUCAAGACUUCAAUCAGAAGAGGGGGCGACGGACAAAGAUGAAUGAGGAGGAGAAGGAAGAGUUUGCCCGAAACAUCGAGGCCAGGACGCUGAAGGCCAUCAAGGCUUACAUGUACGAAGCCGAGGAGAAGGAAAGAGAAGAUGAGAAGAAGAAUGAAAUCAAAGUCAUCACGGCGGAAUUCACGUCCACUACCACGGCCCAUGGCGUCAGCAGGAUCGGAGACGCCGCAACGUUUGGGACCAAGCUGCUUUGGUGGACAAUAUUCCUGGCAGCUUUCAGUCUCUUUGCCUUCCAGGCUUACUCUUUGAUCAUGAUGUAUUUCGACUAUCCAGUGGUCGUCAAAAUCAAGGUCGUGGACACCAAACACAUGGCAUUCCCAUCGGUCACCAUCUGUAACAACAACCGCUUGAAACGAUCGUCACUUACCGGAACCCACUACAGCAGUCUGUAUGACAUAGACGUGACUUCAAGAGAGAACAUCGAGAAAAUGCUGAACACCACUGUUGAAGCAAUAUCGAGGAAAGACCUCGAGGCUUUGAUACGAAGAGUUGCAAUGCUACACAACAAAACUGCACACAUUUUGCCGAAAACGUCUCCCGGUAACGACAGCGACGCCGGGCUGACUUCAACUGGGCAAGCCACUUGUGACGAUCUAUCAACUACUCCGUGUAUGUCAACUGACACUAGGCGGAAACGGGAUGUAUCGGGCUCGUCCAAUUAUGAUAAUGCGGAAGAUGCUGACUACUUUGAUAGAUACGAACCCUACAAAAGGUUGAGCGCUGAUUUUGUAAGAGACCCCUAUGAUGGCACUUAUCCAUCAAGCACUGUCAGAUUGUGGAAAGGUACUUUACUUCAAGAUGGCGAUAACGAAGAUGAAGAAGAUAUGUACUUCCGUAAUGGCUCUCUAACCUGGUUAGAACCGAACGAAAAUCAAUUAAUCAUCGGAGCCGUACCCGUUAUGUCGGCGACUCAUAGUUAUGAAAGUAUCCGGAGAUCAGAAAGAUCGACGAGUCAGGAUGAAAAGAAUAUGCUAACUUUGACACCAGAUAACGCCUCAGGUUACAACGAGUCCUGGAAACUCUGCGCGUCGAUGGGAAAGCAACUCUGCACGCUGCGUCAACUCAGAAGUGCACACCGGUCCGGAUACCGUAACGCAAAGUGGGGAUACUUCAGUGAAGAAGGGCGAAAAGCAAUGGUCAGUGAAGACUGCAGAGACAGUGUGGACCUAUGCGAGGAGUGCUACGACGAUGCUUUGAUGACUAAAACAAUGGACGAGAAAGAGUCUCUUCCUGCUUAUUGCUGUAAACAAACGUUCAUGAUUACAGACGAGGAGUACAACAGUUACGAGCAAGCUGCUUUGGGAUGCAAACAACGUGAACUUCGCCUGUGCUCGAUGGAGGUCAUGAAGCAAGCUCACAGAGAUGGUUUCAGAAACGAGGCGUGGGGUUGGUUUGUCCGCGAUGACAAACAAAUCUCCUUAACGGAGCGUUGCAACGUCAGCAGGCUGGUGCCCCGAAACAGGACUGUCUGUAACACAACCCUGGUUUACAUCUGCAGCAACGAGACGGAAAUCGCCCCGACUGCAACCUCUGAGCCAACGACCCCUGAACCAACUCCUACUCCAGUUUACUGUAACGAAACAGAUUUUGAGUGUAUGGGUUGUAACGUAACCGAGGAAGUUAACUGCUAUGUCAUUGACUACUUUGAAGCUGUGCCAGCAGACUGUCAUGGUGACACCAUUCCCAUGAUUCCAAUAGAAAUGCAGGCGCAUGCGUACUGCUGUGAUUACUCCACGUGCGCCCGAUCGCCCUGCAGUAGCCCGUGGCCCGGAUGUAGCAGCCCGCUAGGAUUAGAAAAUAGCCGAAUCAUGGACAUGUACAUAACAGCGUCAUCGGCAGAACCAUCGUUCCCCGCCCACCAUGCUAGAUUAAACUCCCGAAAUGCCUGGACAAGCAAGUCUAGUGACCCCAGUCCAUGGCUCAAAGUAGACCUUCGAAGGAGGAUGAUGGUAACAGGAAUAAUAACGCAAGGAUUUGAAUCAAGUUUCGUGAAAUCUUUCCGGUUCCAGUACAGUAGAGACGGUUCGGAGUGGUGGAUGUACAAAGAGUACCACGGAGAGAACAUGUUGAUUUGUGGCAACCACGAUGACAAGAGCUACAACCACCAGCACUUCGAGAGGCCGUUCGUAGCCCGUUACGUUAAAGUCAUGCCAGUUUCUUGGAACGUUCUCCCUCGUAUGCGUAUCGAACUGCUAGGAUGCGAUAAAAUAGAAUGUAACAUCUCACGUGCUUACCAAAGGGAGGAGUUUCCUGAUCCGUCAGGACUACAGUGUCUCGGUGAAGAGUGCAUGACUAGCGUAAGCAGCUACCGCGGAGCUCUCAGUCAAUCGGCCACACUUACGUGCGGGGCCUGGAAGUGUCCAAACAGGCAUCCAGACAUGUGCUUGGAGGAAAACUAUUGUCGUCCCUUCACUGGACAUGGCGAUACCCGUUUGGCAUGCCCAUGGAAUUCUGCUGCGCCUUUAUCUGACACGUCGCUGUCUGGGGAUGAUGCCCUGAUGCCAUGUUCUGCCAUAGACAUUUGCAGGAUCAACGAGGGAGACAAAGACACGGCUCAGCCAACGAAGCGACUGUUCUACCAUCACCAACACGCUCUGCAGUACUGUGAGGAAAGAGAGAUGCACUUGUGUACUAUACAACAGCUCACCUUCAUGCACGUCUCUGGAAAACGUACCAAGAGAUGGGGCUGGUUUGAAGCUGAGGGGAAAGAGGUGGUGUUGUCUGAAGGUUGCGGCAAGUACGUCGGAGAAAACUGCUACCAGGGAUUGUUUCCUAUCGUUCCUACCACCGCCAUCAGUCGACCUGCGUAUUGCUGUAGACCUACCUUUAGUGUUACAGAGAAGAAGUAUGAAAUGCAACGCGACGCCAGAAAGAACUGUAACAAAAUGGGACUCCAGCUUUGCACGGUCGGGCAGCUGCGAGCGGCACACAGAGCCGGCUACAGACUGCACGGCGGAGCCUCAAGUAACCUGGAGGAAACACAGCCUAAAAAAGCAGCCUGGUACUCCAAACCAAAUGGAUUAGGUUUAAUAGAAGAAGAUUGUGGAUGCCGUAAGGGACGAGAAUGCUACCAAUCUGUCGUCAUCACAUUACUAAACGAAAAGAAGCGUCCAUCAAAAGCUAUGUGUUGUGAGAAAACAGUUCUGCUGACGGAGACACAACACUACGAGUUUGAGAACGCGUCUCUUGACUGUGCGAGACACGGGAUGCAACUCUGCGAAUUACCACAGCUCUCUCAGGCCCACCAAGAUGGUCACCGAGACAGAUCCUUUGGAUGGUAUUUUGACAAGACGAGAGCAGCUUCUCUGCCUAAACACUGCAAUAACACGAAGUAUGAGUGCAUAGAAAAAGUAACACUAGCUCCAGUAACCAGUGUACUUCCUGCCGGCGCCUACUGCUGCAGUCCUCCUCUCAAGAGAGUUGUGAAUGAAAGCGGACCGUACGUCUCCCAAUGUUACACCUAUUUUCCAACAUGCAAUAACCCAAUAGGAAUGGAGAACGGCAAUAUUCCUGAUCACCAAAUCAAAGCUUCGUCAUACAAACCCGAGUUCGGUGCUCACAAGUCCCGUCUGAAUCUAAAAGGAGCGUGGAUCAGUGAAUCGAGCAUCCCCGGAAAGGAAUGGCUACAACUAGACAUGGGAGAAAUCCGCAUCGUCACGGCUGUACUUACUCAAGGACUAGGUAGUGAAGGCAGUUGGGUGGAAACUUACUCGUUGUCAUUCAGUAUCAACGCAGUUAAGUGGUGGCUGUACAAAAAUGCUACCACCAACGAAGUGGUCAUAUUCAAAGGCAACGACGAUGGGGAAGAAAUUCAACAUCAGCAUCUUCCAAGAGCAGUUGUGUCCAGAUACGUCCGGUUUUAUCCUACUAGGUUUGUAAACAACAUGGCAUUGAGAGUAGAGUUGGUUGGCUGUACACUAGACGAGUGUGACAUCAAGCAAGACAUCAAAGGCGUCAAGUUGUUCAACCAAGGUUCGCUGGUCUGCAAAACGUAUGAAUGCAUCAACGGAGACGGGCACACCUACAGAGGCACUAAGAACGUGACGAUGAACGGACUACCCUGUCAGCUGUGGAACACCGACGACCCGUAUCCCCACUGCUAUUCUCAAACAAAGUACCCCCAUCGUUGCCUGGUUCACAACUACUGCCGUAACCUGCUGGACGACCCGACCCCUCGGCCCCGGCCGUGGUGCUACACGUCGGAAGAGUCGGAGAAAGGGUGGGAGUUCUGUGAGAUCGAGCAGUGUGAACUGGCCAGGAACAACCUCGGCUUCAUCGGCGUGGAGGGCGAAGGGGACUGGGCAGGUUUUAUCUCCAAUUCCUUCACGGACGACUACAGCGAUAUUUCCGACAUCUCCACUGCUUCCAGGGAAGAGAUCGAUGAACUGGGACAUCAGAAGGAAGAUUUCGUGCUCCAGUGCACCUUCGACAAGCGGAGAUGCAAGUUAAGGGAGCUGCACAAGUUCCAAAACUCCAAGUUCGGGAACUGCUACACCUUCAACCCCGGUAUGGGAAUACAGGACGAGAUCAGCACUAUGAAAUCAGGCGCGCGAUAUGGACUUAAGAUGACGUUAUUCGUCGAGAAAAACGAGUAUGUAGGAAUCUUUGGACAAGAGCCAGGCGCCACAGUCACCAUUCACCCGGUGAAUAUGACGCCCUUUCCCGAGGACCACGGCUUGAUCCUCCGGCCGGGAGAGAGUACUUUCAUCGGAAUAAGAAAGAAAGUGGUCCAGCGUUUACAGUACCCAUACGGAGACGACUGUAUACUCUCCACGGAAGAGUUUGAUUCCCUGUACGGAGGUUCCUACUCCUUCUUGAGUUGUCAGAAAACGUGUCUGCAGAGAGCGAUCCUCGACAAGUGUGAGUGCACAGACGAGCUGGUGACCGGGAGCAACUCUGGGAUCUGCAGCGUCCUGAACAGCACACAGGAGCGAUGCAGACGGAGCCAACGCCAGCUGUUUGACGACGACAAGAUAAGAUGUAACUGCAAACAGAGUUGUAGGGACGAAGUCUACAACAUCUGGAUGUCAUCAUCAACAUGGCCGUCGGAUAACUACCUGCCGUACGUGCUGCAGAACAUCCACAGUCGCACCCGGGCCAAGAACCUGCCCCGGACUGCUGAGGAGGUCAAACAGAACCUAGUUCGUCUUCACGUGUAUUUCCAGGAGCUUACUUUUGAGGAGAUCCGGGAACACGAGGGGUAUCUCUUUGAAGAACUCCUGAGCGGCAUCGGCGGUCUGCUGGGUCUGUACAUCGGGAUAUCAGUCAUCACCGUCUUUGAAGUCCUGCAGUUUGGCUGCGAGAUUCUCCGAGCUCUUUUCCGAAAAUGGAGGAGGAGCAAAGUGGCCGACCGGGUCAAGAAGAAGACAGUUGCCAAAGACGAGGACUACCAUCCUUCCGCCAUAUUUUAUGACGUAGGAGACAAACCUAUGGCGUAUACCGAACCCUACCGGCCUACAAAAGAAUACUUUCUGUGAAGAAGAAAAAAACUUUCAAUGAAAAUAUGUCUUUGACCAAAAAGUUAUAUAUGGCAUUCUGCUGAAAACAAUUGAAAUAUCAAAUACCGCACCCCUGAGGAAUUGUGUGUUAUUGAGCAGUAUAGCAUUGUCAUUGGUAGAGUUU